AUGAAGGCCCGUGUCUCGCCACAAAAAAGCCGCAGCGGGUGCAACACGUGCAGACGAAACAAGAUCAAAUGCGACGAGCACAAACCCCAGUGCCACAACUGUGUGUCGCGGGGGAUAGAAUGCGGAGGUUACAUCAGAGUGUUCAAGUUUAAGGAGAUCAAAUCUGCCCGUGGGGGCAGAGCUAAAAGCAUCAGCAACUCUGAUGAUGCGGACCUUCUUCAGCUGCAGCCAUCUGACUCCCAGCUGUCGCAGGUGUUCCGCCACGCUGCGCAGUCGAUCACCCGGAAAACGUACGAACGGCUUGUUCUGGAGCAGCAUUUGGCAAGGAAGGGGAAGAAUCCGCAGCUGGCGUCGGAGCUCGAGACCGUGCUCAAGGAGUUCGGCAGCAAGCCGAAAGGCUUGCUUUGUCCACAGCGUACUUCAGAUCCAUCUGUCUCAGAGGAACAGGGACAGUUUCUGUUCGGGGCACCCCAACCUCCGUAUCCAUUUGCGAAAUAUCACAGAACCCAGUUUGUGCUCAACAGUUUUGACGGUUGCACUUCCAAUGUGCUGUGUGUCUACGUUGCGUCGCAUCUCAAUCCGUGGCGCAGAGAGGUUGUACCGUUAGUCGACAAAUAUCCAAUAAUUUUCAAUCUCCUUGGAAUGAUUGUUUGCUCGCACCUGGGUGCGAAAAAUCCACAGAUCAAGGCAAUGGGACUCGAGUUCAAGGUACGCGCGUACCAGCAGCUCUCCCACGGGCUGGCAAAAAACCUCUUCCCUAAUGAUAUCUGUCUGUUGAGCUGCAUUCUGCUUGCGCUGGACGAGUUCUGGGACAACAAGUCUCGCGCAGACCUCUCGCAUCUGCGAAGCGCCUUGUAUUUUGUCGACCGUCGACUGCGCAGCACGACGCAAGACCCGCGCUUCCAGUUUCUGCUGAGCGCGUGGCAGUACAUGCGCGUAAUUUCACGAACCACGCUGCUUAAUCCAGGCCUAUGCUUCAGAUCCGCGUACCAGCCGCGUCUGGUUAGCGACGGCUACGCCAUAGACCAUAUACUGGGGAUGUCGCAGGAGCUUUUUGCGAUCCUAGAUUCGCUCAUGGACGUCAUCGAGCUCGUCAAAAACGUUCCGGAACACGCUUAUCCUCAGAACCUAAUUGAAAAAGUGCUUGGACUACAGGCCGCAUUGGUGCGCUGGGAGCCUCCAAAAAACGGCAUGGAGCUGUGGACGCCGGAGGAAGUGACCGACCACGAAGCAACCGCGCAAAGUUACCGCUAUGCCACGCUAAUUCUUCUCCAGAACGCGUUCCCGCAGGUGAAGCGGUACCUUGCUCCGCGAGAGCUGUCUCUCAAAGUCCGCGAGGAAUUGUCGACGCUGCGGCUGUCGGGAGGCGCGUCGGUCGUGAUCCAUGUGUUCCCUCUGUUCAUAGCUGCGUGCGAAGCUUUCACAACGGCAGAAAAGGACUGGUUCCGCACAAAGACGGCAGCCGUCUUCGACGCGAUCGCAUCCAACAACAUCAAGGUGCUAUCCAGCGUAAUGGCAGAGGUGUGGAGGCGCAAGAGUCUGCUGAGGGCGCAGUAUGAGCUGCAGAACGUUUUUCUGGCCCCAGACGACCACCUGCUGAGCGGCCUCAAGAGCUACGCCAGCUGGUUUGCGGUAGCUGCAGACUGGAAAAUCGAUCUUUUUGUGGGGUAA